AUGCUGACAAAAACCGAGGAGGAAGCAGAAUGUGCCUACACACUCUUUGUUGUCGCCAUAUUUUGGCUCACAGAAGCUUUGCCUCUGUCAGUAACAGCUUUGCUACCUAGUUUGAUGUUCCCCAUGUUUGGGAUCAUGCCUUCUAACAAGGUGGCAUCUGCUUAUUUCAAAGAUUUUCACCUACUGCUAAUUGGAGUUAUCUGUUUAGCAACAUCCAUAGAAAAAUGGAAUUUGCACAAGAGAAUUGCUCUGAAAAUGGUGAUGAUGGUUGGUGUGGAUCCUGCAUGGCUGACGCUGGGGUUCAUGAGCAGCACUGCCUUUUUGUCUAUGUGGCUUAGCAACACCUCGACUGCUGCCAUGGUGAUGCCCAUGGCAGAGGCUGUAGUGCAGCAGAUCAUCAAGGCAGAAGCAGAGGUCGAGGCCACUCAGAUGACUUACUUCAAUGGAUCUACCAACCCUGGACUAGAAAUUGAUGAAAGUAUUAAUGGGCAUGAAACAAAUGAGAGGAAAGAGAAAACAAAACCAGUUCCAGGAUACAAUAAUAAUACAGGAAAAAUUUCAAGCAAGAUGGAAUUGGAAAUGAGCUCGGGCAUGGGAACCAAAUAUCGAACAAAGAAGGACCACAUGAUAUGUAAACUUAUGUGUUUGUGCAUUGCUUACUCUUCUACUAUUGGUGGACUGACAACAAUCACUGGUACCUCCACCAACCUAAUCUUUGCUGAGCAUUUCAAUACACGCUAUCCUGAUUGUCACUGCCUCAACUUUGGAUCAUGGUUUAUGUUUUCCUUCCCGGCUGCUCUUAUCAUUCUACUCUUAUCCUGGAUCUGGCUUCAGUGGCUUUUCCUAGGAUUCAAUUUUAAGAUGUUCAAACGUGGCAAAACCAAAACAGUCCAACAAAAAGCUUAUGCUGAGGUGAUUAAGAAAGAAUACCAAAAACUUGGGCCAAUAAGGUAUCAAGAAAUUGUGACCUUGGUCCUCUUCAUUGCAAUGGCUCUGCUAUGGUUUAGCCGAGAUCCUGGAUUUGUUUCUGGUUGGUCUGCACUUUUUUCAGAGUACCCUGGUUUUGCUACAGAUUCAACUGUUGCUCUACUUAUAGGACUGCUAUUCUUUCUUAUCCCAGCUAAGAGAGUGACUAAAACUGCAUCUACAGGAGAAAUUGUUGCCUUUGAUUACUCUCCACUGAUUACUUGGAAAGAAUUCCAGUCAUUCAUGCCCUGGGAUAUAGCCAUUCUUUUUGGUGGAGGGUUUGCCCUGGCAGAUGGUUGUGAGGAAUCUGGAUUAUCUAAGUGGAUAGGAAAUAAACUAUCUCCUCUGGGUUCAUUACCAGUAUGGCUAAUAAUUCUGAUAUCUUCUUUGAUGGUUACAUCUUUAACUGAGGUAGCUAGCAAUGCAGCUACCAUUACGCUCCUUCUCCCAAUAUUAUCUCCAUUGGCUGAAGCCAUUCACGUGAACCCUCUUUUUAUUCUUAUACCUUCUACUCUGUGUACUUCAUUUGCAUUCCUCCUACCAGUAGCAAAUCCACCCAAUGCUAUUGUCUUUUCAUAUGGUCAUCUGAAAGUCAUUGACAUGGUCAAAGCUGGACUUGGUGUGAAUAUUGUUGGUGUUGCCGUGGUUAUGCUUGGCAUAUCUACAUGGACUGUACCCAUGUUUGACCUCUACACUUACCCUUCGUGGGCUCCUGCUAUGAGUAAUGAGACCAUGCCAUAACAAGCACAAAACUUCUGACUAUCUCAUGGUAAUUUCUGGAAGGCAUUAAUAAUUGACUGUAAAAUGUGGCUCUAAGUAACUAAUGACACACAUUUAAAUCAGUUAUGGCAUAGCUGCUGCAAUUACUGUGAAUACCUGAAACCUGCUGUUAUAACUCAGAGUCCAUAUUUGCUACUGCAGUGCAACUAAAGGGCAUCUAUGUGCCUUCAUCAAGAAGCCCAUGUUUGAGAUUUUGCUCAUGAGCCAUCUGCAACUUGCUUCAUCAUAAGAAUAAUUUAUAACUUGACCUUCAAGGAGAUUAGAUCGUUUGUUUCAUCUUACAGUUGGAGUUCAAUGUAACAUUUUAAAUGCAAUUUAUUAUUUCAGAAACUUCCCAUGAAACUAAAAAUAGAAAAUAAGAUAUACAAGUUAAUUUGGUACUUGGAUAAAUCAUUUCCACAGUGUCGUUCAAGAGAAUUUGCUGAGAAACCAAAGCCAUGGUCAUCUGGUGGUGCAGAGAAAAGUUUAAAUGAAAUAUGCAUUUCCUCAUUUAAAAAAUCCAAUUGGAUUAUUCUUAAUAUAUACAUAUAUUAUGAAAAUUGAGAUUGAAGCAGUAAUUCCAAAAUUAUAGCUGAAUAUACUAUAUAACAGAAAACUUAUAGAUAAGGAUUUAUUUCUACUGAACUCUAUAGUUACAGUAAAAUAAUUCAUGCUUUUGUGAUCUUAGCACACUGAGAAAUUCAUUUUGUAGAGCUAUGGAUAAGGCUUCCUAUGAUUUGUACUAGUAGUACACUAUAGUUAGAAAGGAAAGCUAAACACUAUAAAACUAUUAACACAUUUUUGUAUCUGAGUAACAACCUUUCUUAAAUGUUUAUCUUAGUUUAGAAAUGCAUAAUCUCAUAUGUUAAAAAUAAAGAGAUGUCAAAAUCUAAAUUAAGUAUCAGUGUGUAUACAGACAGAAAAAUCAUGUAACUCUAUGAUGUUAACAUUGCAAUGAAA